CACAAUUACUGUUCUCGAAUCCAUCAUAUAAAACACCAAAUCCAAACCCUAAAUAUCCACCGCCGUUCUCAUCGCUACUCACCGCUGUUCAUCUUCACUUGUCUCUUACGAGGUCCAUAAAAUAAAGAGAAAAAUGAGUCGAGGAGGCGCAGGUGGGCUCAAGGGAAAGAAGAAAGGGGUGACAUUCACCAUUGACUGUGCAAAGCCGGUGGAGGAUAAGAUCAUGGACAUUGCCUCUCUUGAGAAGUUUCUUCAAGAGAGGAUCAAGGUCGGUGGCAAGGCUGGUGCUCUUGGUGAAGUAGUCUCUGUUACCCGUGAGAAGAGCAAGAUCACUGUUACCUCUGACAGUAACUUCUCCAAACGGUACUUGAAGUAUUUGACUAAGAAAUACCUGAAGAAACACAACGUUCGUGACUGGCUCAGAGUGAUUGCCUCAAACAAAGAUAGAAAUGUUUAUGAACUGAGGUACUUCAACAUUGCCGAGAACGAGGGAGAGGAAGAAGAUUAAUUGUCUGAUCAGCUUUUUUAUUUAAGAACUUUAUUUUGCUAGUGCUAGCUUCCCUUUUGGAAAGUUUUUCUUGAGAUAUGAUAUGUUGUUUACAUCAGUUUCAAUUUAACAGUUUUGAUUAUUUAAGAGUAGUGGUGCCGUUGAUUUUGAAUUGAAUAGAGUUUACAUAUUAUUCUGUGUUUUUGCAUC